GCGCCGGCCACAAAAAGAAAAGCAAAACUCAACUCUUAAAAAUGGACGUAACCCAGCAAUGAUUAGAAAAUGGGAGAAUUCGCCGAUUUUCGUGAUCCUCACACAAGUGCAAUAGCUCGAAUGGAUCGUGAAAAUUCAACUCAGGUCUCAUCAUCCUCGGCAGAGCUGCACUUUUUGAUCGCAAAAUUUUUGUGCGACGGUCCCUGCAGUGACAUUGGCGAGGCUCUGAAAAGCGAGUUGGAGAGAAAGAAGAUUCUACCACGAAGACUUGACUGGGAAGGAAAUGAACACCAGCAAUCUUUUGAAGAACUUGCAGCCAAAUAUACGCACUUGGGUCAUGGCCACUUGCUCAACGUUUGCCAGCGCUUAGGACCACUUUUAUCCAGCAAACCCAAAGAUUUAGUCAAAGAUGAUGGUCUCAUUCGCGGGCGAGGAAAGGAUUCUCUCCUCCAGCCCAUCAACACAAACUCCGAGCGCCGAUCUCGUCUCUACCUCUACUCCCAUUCAUUCCAGAAGCCUAGCCCAGAUACACACAAUGCUGUCAAUCUAUUGUUGGGCAGGGAAAACUGCUCACAGAUGCUCAAAUCAAACAUCCAGCGAAAAGAGCUUUACUCAAGACUGCAACUUAACUGCCGAACACUUGGCCACCUCUCAGCCGUCUAUUGCGUUCUCUUUGACCGCAUUGGAAAAUACAUCAUCACUGGAGCUGAUGACCUAUUGGUCAAAAUCUGGGACGUACAUUCAGGGCGGCUGAUGGCAACCCUCAGAGGCGCGUCCAUGGAAAUCACAGACAUAGACAUCAACCAAGAAAACACCCUGUUGGCCGCAGGGAGUCUAGACAAAAUUGUUCGAGUAUGGUGCUUACAAACCACAGCCCCAGUUGCUGUCUUGUCUGCCCAUUCGGGGACAAUCACCUCAGUCAGAUGGUGUCCAUAUCCAGAUACGGGCACUUUCAGGUACUUAGUUUCAACUAGUGCUGAUGGUUCAGUGGCCUUUUGGACUUACGCUUAUGACAGACUUGGGAAAAAUGUAAAGUUCAAUCCGAAGCCAAUACAAUAUCACGAGAGAAUGCGUCCCGGUCAAGCUCAAAUUAUCUGUGCCUCAUUCAGUCAUGGUGGGGUGUUUCUAGCUGCUGCAAGUGCCGACCACCAUGUCCGAGUUUACCAUAUGGUUGGAGAAGAAGGUCCGACGAGGAUAUUUGAGAAAGAAGUGCACACUGAUCGAGUAGAUAGUAUCCAAUGGGCAUCGUCUGGUUUGCGCUUUGUUUCUGGAUCCAAGGAUGGAACAGCUCUUGUGUGGUGGUACGAAGCUAGAGAUUGGCACUACCGAGUUCUUGACAUGCAGAAACGCCUCAUGGAGCCUUCUGAAGAGGAAGCCAAGUUAAAACUGAAAGUUUCUAUGGUUGCCUGGGCUAUGAAUGACCAGUACGUGGUGACUGCUGUGAAUGACCACGUACUGCGAGUGUGGAACUCCCACAAUGGACAACUUGUUCACUGCCUCAAGGGACACAAAGAAGAAUUUUUUGUUCUGGAACGCCAUCCCGUUUGCCAAAAUAUCAUGCUAAGUGCUGGCCAUGACGGCCAAAUCAUGAUUUGGGACAUUCCUAAAGGCACUCUAUUGAAAUCUUUCCAAAAUACCAUUGAAGGCCAAGGCUUUGGUGCUAUUUAUGAUGCAAAGUGGUCUCCAGAUGGCUCCAUGGCUGCAGCCACAGACUCGCAUGGUCACAUGCUGAUUUUUAGCCUUAGCCAAAAUGAAAAUUACAAAAAGCUACCUAAAGACAUGUUUUUUCACACUGACUACCGUCCUUUGAUUAGAGAUACUAAUCAUUGGGUGCUGGAUGAGCAAACUCAAAUGGCUCCUCACCUAAUGCCUCCCCCUUUCUUGGUUGACCUGGAUGGAAAUCCUUACCAACCUGUGUUACAGCGACUUGUCCCUGGAAGAGGCAAACAAAAAGAUGAACAAUUGAUUCCUAACUUGGUUGUUAAUGCAGAUGGAGAUCAGGAAGUGCAAGACCAACAAGCAGCUCGGUCGAACAUCGAUGAAAUGAUUGAAGAAUUAGCGGCCAGACAUCACGGCGGCCCUUCAAACAAUGACCAUGCAUAUGCAAGAUCUCCACCUCAACAGCCAAACAGAAUAUCUGGAAAUGCGGGUGUGAGGAGAAGUGGUGAAAAUGAGGGUGUGCGACAGUCCAGCAGUAAUUGGCAGCACGGCAACGGGUGCUCUGUGUGGCUUAAAAACGAUCUGGUGAAACUCCCCAACCAACAUGAAGAGAAAGCUAUUUUCAAAAGAAGCAGUGCCUUAGGAGAUAUGGAAAUUGAAGAGUUUGAGAGAGAAAGAAGGAAGCAACCAUUAAAAGAGAAAACAAUUUCACCCCAGCUGCCUAAAAGUAACAAGUCGCCAAGAAAACAGCCCAACAACUUGCGAAACAGAGUCCUAGAAAAUGGGGCAAAUUCAAACAACCACUCGUACAGAACAAGAACCUCUAGACUGGGAGAUGAUUUUGUGGACCCUUCUAAUAUCUCGGCUACCUCUAGCAGCAGUUCUGAUGACUCAUCUUCAGACAGCUCGUCAGAAAGUUUGAAUAAAUCCUCAGACAGCAGUGAUUACUCUGAUUGGGUGGCUGAGAAGAGCUCUGACCGUCAGGCCACACUCCAGCCACCCAAAAGAAGCCGGAGACGUGCUGUGGUAUUAAGAAGGAGUUCACAAGAAAAUGAGGACGAUGACACUGAUGAGGAGGAACAGCAUUCCGAAACAGCAGAAUCCCCUGAGCCUGGUCCAAGCCAAUCGAAAAGAGACUCCAGAUUGCGUCAAGCUCCUAAAAAGACCAUUCGCCACGAGGACACCUCUCCUCCCCGGACAGUGCGAAAUCCUGCCACUGCAAAGUUGUUGGCAAGCAAUAUAAAGGAAGUGCCUGAACAGUUCAAACCCUCCGAUUGGCUGGCUGAAGUCAUGCCUCGAAAGGCCCCUUACUAUCCUCAAAUUGGUGACGAAGUGGUUUACUUUCGGCAGGGCCACCAACAGUAUCUAAAUGCUGUCAGAAACAAGAAAUUCUAUGACCCUGGAGUCAAAUGCGAACCUUGGUUGAAGAAGGAGCUCCGAGAGGUGGAGUAUGUGAAAGUUGUAGGAAUCAAGUAUGAAAUCAAACCUCCACGUCUGUGCUGCUUAAGACUGGCCAUCAUGGAUGCUGAAACUGGUGCAUUUACGUCAUAUUUCAACAUUAAAUACCACGACAUCCCUGAUGUCAUUGAUUUCUUGGUCCUACGCCAGUAUUAUGAUGCAGCCAUGGAAAAUAACUGGAAGGUUGGUGAGACGUUCCGCAGUUUGAUUGAUGACUCUUGGUGGAUUGGAACAAUUGAAGCGCAAAACCCUGCAGAUCUCGACUUUCCCGAUUCUCCUUUUCAGUGCUUCCAGGUCCGCUGGGACAACGGAGAGUUUGAACGAAUGAGUCCAUGGGACUUGGAAGUCAUUGAUCCCAACAGACUUCCAAUGGAAAAAGGUGGAUCUAUAGAUGUACUUCCAGAGGAAAUUCAGGCUUCGUUGUUCAAGUCGGUUGAUCCUUUGUCCUGGCCUCCUAGUGGAGAUAGAGAUAUUGAAUGCCAAAGACUUUUGGAAGGCAUCGACCGCAUCAUGGAUCUCUCCGUAGCAGAACCAUUCUGUGCUCCUGUGGACUUGAGUCUUUAUCCCUCCUAUGCACUUGUUAUUGCAUACCCUGUUGACUUAACCACAGUAAAAACAAGACUUGAGAACCGUUUUUACCGGAGCAUUCAAGCUCUUCAGUUUGACGUUCGUUACAUCGCCAGCAAUGCAGAAACUUUCAAUCAGAGAAAAAGUCAGAUUGUCAAGCAAGCUAAUGUAGUGACAGAACUGUGCCUUACUCUAAUUAAACAAGACACUGAAAUUGAUAUUGUUGCCGAGUAUCACAAGGUGGUAGAAAACUACAAAUCCGAGAGCUCUGAGGGUGAGGAAGAGGACCAGCAAAAUGUGGAUGAUAGAAAUAAAAGGUCGUUCAGGAAAAGCUCAAGGAAAAGAACUCCGCAAAAAGCUGAAGCUGACCCUGAUGAAUGGAAAGAGAAGUGCUCCGACUUACUGCAUAACGUUAUGAAUAAUAAAGAUGCAGGUCCUUUCAAAGAGCCGGUAGACUUGACUGAAUUCAGUGACUAUUUGCAAGUGGUCACAACGCCAAUGGACCUUUCAACUGUAAGAGAGCAAAUGGAAGCUGGAGAGUACAAUGAUCCGGCUGAGUUUGGAAAGGAUAUGAGGAUGAUAUUUACCAACUCUAAAAAUUACAACACUAACAGAAAAUCAAUGGUUUACUCUAUGACUGUGCGUCUGUCCAACUUUUUUGAAAGUGGUUUUCAUCCUAUACUCAAUGAAUGGAGGGCACAGCAGAGAAAAUCUGUCAGAACGGCUAAUGGCUUAUCCAAAAGACCAACUAGAUCUGCAGUUGCUAAAAAUAGUGCUGUCAAGAAGUCAGGUUCUACCUCAUCAAAUAGUUCCAUGGCCAAUACUAGAGCAGCCAGAUCUGCACACCUGAAUGGAGUGACAAGACGGCUAAAAAUCUCGAGUGACUCUGAGGGAAGUGUGGCCAGCAAAGUGAGCAGAAACAAAAUGCCUGUAGUGUCUCCUGACCCUUCCAGUAGCACAUCUUUAAGAAGCCUGGCAUCCUCAAAAUUGAUUAACGGGUCCUCAAAGCGUGCUGGUCCAUCAAAAACAAAAGUUGCCCAAAUCAAAAGUUCUUCGAGUGACGACGAAGAUGAAGUUGAUGUUGGAGGCAGUUCGCCUGGGGAAAGCCAACCAGAGUCUGCAAAUGUGGCCCCUGAUGAUGUAAAUGAAGAGGAAUCUGCAGACGAAGAUGUCUCUGAGGAAGAAAUUGAUUCUGAUGAUCAUUCGGAUGAUGAAGAUUAUGGCACCAAAAUGAGAUCAAAGAGACCUGCAAGAGCUGCUACUAAAAGGAAAGUUCCGAAAACAGAGAGUGAUGAUUCAGGUAGCACCAUCGAACCACAAAAGAGACCAAAACGAAGUGUACCAAUCAAAAAGCCUUCAAGUGGUAGAAAUCGCCGUCAACUCAAGGUUGUUUCAUAUCAAGAAUUCAGUGAAGAGGAGGUCCAAGUUAGGAAGUCAUCUCGCACCAAGAAUAGAAUUUGCAUCCCCUCUGACAGUGGUGGAGAGGAAGAAGAAGACGAUGAAAAUGAGCAGCCUGCUGUCAGUGUCAGCAGCCGAGGAAGGAUCAGGAAACUAACAGAAAAAGGGCGAAGUGUUUUUGACUGACACUAGCUGAACUUCCAAAUUAUGUAAUUCUAGUAAAUCAUUCCUGCUCAGCGCAGAUUGUAUUAGUUUGUAAUAUUUUUGAUAAGGUAGCGUGGAGAUGAGAGUUUGGAAAAUGUCCUCAAAUAGAGAUACGACUCACUGCCACUAUGUGAUCGCCCCUUAUUCAAAUGAGUUUUUAAUUUAAAAAAUGAAUCUGAUAAGAUUGUUGUAAAAAGUUAUUCUGUUAAUGCGAUAUGAUACGCUCCAAGAGUUGACUGGACUCUCAAAUCAUUUCUGGUAUUUAUUUUCCUGAAUUUGGUACUGCCUUGCCAGAUAAAAUCUCAAGUUAAUUCCCAACAUCAAAUAAAAGCAAGACUGAGCCAACAUAAUUAACAUUUUCUUACAUGUUUCUGAUCUCUGAAACAUAGCAGUCAGUAUUGCUUCAUUUUUGCAGUGCAUCGUACAAAAAUAAAUCAAUGCGUACAUUUCUAUAUUAACUGUUUCAUUUACCUUUGACCCAUUACAAUUAGAACUAAAAUGGGCUGAAAACAAAAUGUAUUCAUAUUCACAAAACUUGACAAAAUCAGCAAGCCUGAUGCUAGAUAAACUUCGACAAAGAUUGAAAUCAAAUUAACUCAUAAACUUUUGUUCCUUUCUUAAUUGACAGGAAAUUAGUCAAGCUAGACAUAAAAACUGUUUAGAGAUAAUAAAUAAAAUCAUGGAGUUGCUAAAUAAACUUAAAUUUGCGUUUAUUUUACAGGCAAACAUGUUUCCAGAAAAAGCUGCUGAAGCUGAAUCCAACCUUGCAUAAGUGCGUGCCUGUUCAAUUAUAUUGAGCUGCAGAGUGGCAGGUUUGACGUUGCAGACCGGCAGUUUCACUCAAUUCCGUAAACGUGGAAACUUCUCAUGGACAAUCCCAACGAUGUGAAAGAGUUGACCCCAGAGUUCUACUUCCCAGAAUUUCUCGAAAACCAAAACAAGAAAUUCUAUAAAAUAAUGGUGGAGUUAUUUUUAAAAAAUUAUUAAUAAUAAUUUAAGGUUUGACCUGGGCCUACUGCUAUAGGUACUAAAGAUAGGGUAACAGACAUACUUUUAGUUGUUCUUCCAGCGUGUGCUGAGAAUGCAGAGGAUUUUAUUGAAAAGCACAGAAAAGCUUUGGUAAAAUAUUAAACAAUGAGUUUUUAUGUAAAUGAAAAGAGAUCGAGCUUUUCCUCAUUGAAUUUUUUUUAUUAAAAACAAUUAAACGUAAGUAAAAAUUUUCUUUCUCAUGAAACCGUAAACAAAACGGUAGAGCCAUAAUUUUUUUCAACGAAGGUAAGGCCCGAUCUCUUCAUGAAUGCAUCUCAAAAGUAAUAUAAUUGUGUUACUUCAUCUCCUUGAGUGUCAAUUUUUCAAACAAAAGAAAUUUUAUUAUUCUUAGAUAGAUAUUAUAGGGAAUAUGAAUUAUGUUUCGCACACAUUCACACGAGUGGAUCGAUCUCAUAUGUUUGGCUGGAUUCAAGGCAGCGCGGCCAGCCGCCCGUCUUGAAGCUCUCAACGUGUCUUUGAUUGUAACUCGAUGUUGAUGAUAGAGAGUGGAAUUUAUCAACCUGUAGUUUUAGUUGUUGAUCGAUGUUCAAAUUGGAUGAUGCAUAAUCAUAUAAUUAUAUUUUAAAGUGUAUAUUGAGAAUUUUUACCUGUUGCAGAGAUGAAAAUAACAGAUGAAAAAUAAAUGUAAAUGUAUCAGGGGGACUAAAGUAUUUUUUUUUUUUUU